AGGAAUGCCCUGAGGUUCCCUGGCCAGUAGCUGACGGUCCAUCUCCCGUAUCUGGAGACUUGACGCAGCUCGACCCCAUCCAUCUCCACUAACCUCAGGUUUCCUCUCCAUAACUUAAGCUGUCUUCAUCCUUCAUUCAGCCCCAAUACUAAAAUUCUACCGCCUGUUCUGCACUCUCGCAUGUCUAGUCUUUUAUACUCGGUCAAAUAAUCGCAAACGGCCUCGCUUUCUCACGCUCUUUCUGUGUCUUCUGCUCCCAGCCUUUCUUCUUCCAGCUCAGCCGCAUACUCCCUGUCGAACCGCAUCCCCCUCGUCAUGCGCCGCUGACCGAAAUCAUGUUCUCAAACUUGACCAAUAUUGUCCAGAAAGCACAGCAGCUUAUUGAUCCUACCCAGGGACUCAAUCUGUCCAGUUCCGAUCGCAAUCCUUCCAAGUCGUCCCUAUUCCAAAGUCAAUUCCGUCUCCCCGCCUCCCAGACACCCCUCUACGAGAUCAACGCCGAGCUUACUAUUCCACCUUCCAACGCGACACACGGCGAUAAGGAUCAAGAAAGAGGAUGGCAUUAUGCUGGAAAACUUCAUCUGUCAGAGCAAUUUAUGUGCUUCUCGACAACCCCUACUAGCUUUGUCCAAUCCGCCAGUACUUCCACGUCAACCGCUUUCACUGGCCAAACACAUGGCGGAGGACCCAGCGGCAACGGCUUCACAUUUCCAUUAUGUGCUAUACGAAGAGUUGAGCGCUUGAAUAGCCAGAACUUUCAGUUCGCACUCGCUCUGACCACCUGGAAUGGCCUUCUCGCCGACACUCCUAAAGACAAGGAUUCGAAGGACAAAAAGGACUUAAGAGAGCAACGUAUCACAAUCCAUCUUGCCGGGACUAGACAGUCUUGCGAGCGUUUUUGUGAUGGCCUCAAAAAGGGCCUAAGGGCAGGAGUUGGUAAUGUAGCCAAGCUGCGACGAGUCGCUGCUGAGUGCUAUUCUGAGCAUCUCCUCAGAACCGAAGACAGGAAAAAUGCCCCCCCACCAGACGCCGGUCUAGGAAUGCUCUUCCGAUACCCUGGCGACCCGAAGAAGCUACGAGACAGGGCGAAAAUGCGCCUCUGGGCUGAGUAUUUACGUGACAAUGGUCGAAACUUUACCCUGAUCCGCCAGCCAACUUUCCACAAGCUCAUUCGUGUUGGUUUGCCUAACCGGCUCAGAGGCGAGAUUUGGGAACUCACAUCUGGCUCGAUUUAUUUACGCCUGGAAAAUCCAGCGCUCUAUACUGAUACCCUGGCAAAGUUUGAAGGUCAAGAGUCGCUCGCUAUCGACGAGAUCGAAAAGGACCUCAACCGAAGCCUUCCAGAGUAUCCAGGCUUCCAAAGCGAGGAUGGAAUCAACCGCCUACGUCGGGUAUUAACUGCUUACAGUUGGGUCAAUGCGGAGGUCGGAUAUUGCCAAGCCAUGAAUAUUGUCGUGGCCGCAUUAUUGAUUUACAUGUCUGAAGCCCAAGCUUUCUUUCUCCUCUCAGCGCUUUGCGACAGACUGGUUCCCGGGUAUUACUCUACGACCAUGUAUGGAACCCUUCUUGAUCAGAAGGUAUUUGAGUCCUUGGUGGAGAGGACAAUGCCCAUCCUCUGGGAUCAUCUUGUCAAAAGCGACGUGCAGUUGUCUGUCGUCUCGCUCCCUUGGUUUCUGUCACUUUACAUCAACUCGAUGCCCCUUGUCUUUGCCUUCCGUGUUCUGGACGUCUUCUUCGUCGAAGGACCAAAGGUACUGUUUCAGGUAGGGUUGGCAAUUUUGCGCAUCAAUGGCGAGGAGUUGCUUGAUGCGGCGGAUGACGGGGCCUUCAUUUCAGUCCUGAAGGCCUACUUCUCCCGCUUAGAUGAGUCGGCUCACCCCAAAUCUGAAAAUCCAAAGUUGCGUGCCGUGACCCGAUUCCAGGAACUGAUGGUCGUGGCCUUCAAGGAGUUCGCAGGAAUAACUCACAGCAGUAUCACCGAGCUGCGUUUAAAGAAUAAGGAUGCCGUCCUCAAUAAUAUUGAGAACUUUGCUAAGAGGACAGCUAUUCGCAAUCUGGGUCCUGAAAGCAAAUUGUUAAGUACUGAUGAGCUUGGUUCACUAUACGAUCGGUUCUACAAUAUCUUAUACGAACGUCAGCAGAGGGACCAUAUGAUUCAACAAGAGAAACUACGGCGGGCGAAGUCAAGCAGGAUGCGGGCAUCUGAGAUAUUCACGACUCAUCACGACGAAGUUGAAAAGGGACGCGUUGGGUUAGGUCCAAGUACAAGUCUCAUGGACUACGAUGCAUUCCGCGAAUUUCUUGCUAGCAUGUCAAAAUGGGCCAUAUCGGAUUCACCAGGAGCGACGAAGUAUGGCAAUUAUGAAGACCGUCAAAAUAUGUUUCACAGCGCCAGGCGGCCAUCCGAACUGAUGUCACCCUGGGGUGGAGGACCUGAGCCUGCUGAUCACGAAUUUCUGCAACGUUUGUUCAAGAGGUGGGAUGUGGAUGGCAGCUCUGCCUUGACUCUGCAGAACGUUGUGACAGGUCUAGCGCAGAUCAAAGGGAAACGUGACAUUAUGGGCACCAUUACAUACUUCUUCGAGUUAUAUGACGACGAUGAGGACGGCAAAGUUGACCGUGAAGGUAUCUUACGGAUUUCAGAAGCUUUGUUAUUUCUGUCUCGUCGGGGUCUCGAGGGCACAUUGAGCCCUGGAACCUCGAGUGUCCUUGAAAGCGAUUCAGCAAGUGGACAGGAAUCACAAGCUAGCUUGCCGCCUGGUAUAUCGACUAAUGAGAGGUUCCUGGGAAGUGUGAGUGCUUUUAUAAGGCGGUGUUUCGAGUACGCCGAUCCAGCUAGCGGGCAUAAUGACAUGACCUUGGCAACACCAGAUGAUGAAAACUCAAAAGAAGAAGCGUUUGCGAUAGGUGAUGAGGAUGGGGAUGAGGAAGAUGAAGAAGAUCUUUUGGGCCCUGAAUCUCCUAUCGGAACCCCGACAAAGGCUAAGAAGCCCAGCCUCUCAUCGGAAAGUUCUCUUAGCACUGCUGACGACCACAAUGCGGCCUCGAGACGCAGGGUAUCGAAAGCCAAAUCUGAGGCAGCAAAUGCGGCGCUAGAUCCUGCGCAUCCUCUGCACCUUACCUUGCCAACCUUCCGCAUGGUUGUCCUCGCGGAUGAGUUGCUAGAGCAAUUUUUUGAGUCAUCUUUCCCAGCUUCUUUCCACAUCAUCGAGGGGCUGCCCAACGCAGCAUCCUCAGCAUCAUCUCUUACAACAUUCUCCAGUCUGGGUUUUGGAGCCAGGCCUCCAAUUCCCCCGCCUGUCGGCCCUCCAGGAGCAGGCCGUGGCUUACGCGGCGUGCUCGAUAACAUUGUCACGGACGGAAUGCGUGUCGCCACUGAGGUCAGAAGACGAAUGGAGGAGGCUCAGAAGGAACUUGAGAAGAACGCUCUGCCCGGUCAGCGACCUGAAGAAGAAGAAGAAGAUGACGAUGAUCUUGGAGUUGAAGUCGGCGUGAGAAAAGGACCUUCAGGCAGCAGCACCGACAUCGAACGACGAUCCGUGAGGAGUUCGGACCGGGAUUUAUUAGACGGGGCAGAUGCAGAGGCUGGCGCGUCAAGCAAGCCGCAAGAACAGAGCUUACUUGACGUGAACCCCAACGAAGGUAGGCCCCGUGCUGGUACAGCGACUUCGACGGGGUCGACUGGAGGAUCGGCAGUGGUAGAGUUUGAAGGAUAGAGCCGUGAUAUUAGUGCCAUGAGACGACUUUGUAAACAACGAAAUGAAAUGUCUAUGGUUCAUGUUGUCAACAAUGCCCACAUCGUGUAGGGUUCUUUCUUUCUUUUUCUUUUUUUUGAGCAGGUGAAUGACUGUAACCGGACUAGGGGGGGAUUGGCGUAACGUGUACAGGAGCUUCAGUAUGGGUUAAAUAGGUAGAGGGCAAAGUUUUAUCAGUUUUCAGGUGUAUCUUGACGAGAAUUCUCUCGAUAUUAGGAUCUAUGAGCACGAGUAUUCCUGACUACUGGGACUGUGUAAUAUACAGCAAGGAACUUGUUGGACCAGGCACUAUGCAUCUGCUGAAAGGUGAGAUGACUUGACCAAGAUUCGAC